AUGAAGGACCUGGACGACAUGGAUAACCUCAAGCGAUGCGUGAGGGAGACGCUACGUUUGUACCCCGGGGUUCCGCUGCUCAUCCCGCAAGUUGCGGCCCGCGAUUUGCGGGUGGGCUCCUGGGACGUCAACAGGGGCGCCAUCAUUUUUACGUCACCCUUUCUGUCGCACCGGGAUCGAAACGUCCACCCGGACCCCGACAUGUACGAUUCGAGCCGCAGUCUGGAGACUGGCGCUCCGCUCCCUGACGGCACCUCCACAUUUUUCCCCUUCUCCGUCGGCCCCCGUUCCUGUGCGGGCCAGUUUUACUCGGAGCUUUUCGUCCAAGGCGCUGUGGCUAUCGCUCUUCAGGAUCACGAAUUUGAGGCGAAAGGGCCGGUGCCACCACCGGCUAUGGUUGCGUUCUGUCAGCCUAUGGCGCCCGCCUAUGCGAGGAUCAGGGCGGCCCCGAGUGUCGGGAAGAAGCAGCAACCGCAGGUGUCGACUCCAACCGUCAGCAGCAAUUCGCCGGUUGCGGAUCUAGAGUGCAAAGUGGAGGCGCCGCAUCUGGAGAAUGUUGACGUCAUCACGAUCCUCUUCGCGUCCACUCAUGGCACGUCGCGGGCGUUCGCGGACCGGCUCGCUAGAAGUCUCCAAGAAUCGGACGUCGCUGCGCUCGAGCCCGCUCCUUUCAUCCGGGUCUGCGACGCCGCGCGCUACCAGCCGCCGGAGCUCGCGCGCGAGUCGCUCGUCAUCUUUUUGGUGUCAACUUUCGGUCACAACCAGCCGCCCUACUCCGGGGCGGCCCUCAAGGCGUUUGUAAACGACCCCGGCACAAAACUACCCGGAUUAACUUACACCGUUUUUGCGCUCGGCAACUCGGUUUACCCAAGCUUCUGCAGCUUCGGCAAACUGUUCGAUAAGCGCCUCGCGGAAGUGGGCGCCCGGAGGCUGAUGCCGAUUACGCUAUGCGACGAGAUCGAGGAUCAGGAGGGGGCCUUUGUUGCGUUUCUCGACCGAGUGACCGAAGUCCUCUACAGCUCCUUGGAAGGGAUCCCUUCGAGUCCCGCCAGUGUGCUGCCGUCGUCUUCCGGCGCACCACGGACCGCUCGCCCGAGCGGAAAGACGAGUGUAAAUAAGCACAAGAGUGACGUCACACGUACGGUGAAGUCUGAGCAGCCCCUCGGUCCCCGCUUCCGGUUGGUUGAGCUGGGGAGGGGGCGCGUCGGACGUCAGCGCGGAGACAGCGACGUCAGCGAGGGAUCCCCCAAGGGCACCCGCGACAACCCUCUGGAGUUCCAGGUCCUGAGCAACAAGUGCCUUCGCCCCGACACUACCCUGGGACAGGUCCGCAACGUCGCGCUGCGGAUGCCUUCGGACGGUUCGAUCUCGUACCAGCCAGGAGAUAUAUUCGUGGUGUACCCAGUGAACCGGCUCGACUUAGUCGUCUCUUUGGCAACACGCCUAGGCAUCCAGGAUCUUGACCUCGAGUUUGAACUGCGGCCUUUGGCCCCGGAGAAGGUUCAACUGCAAUCGCCCUUCCCCGAGAGGAUGACGUACUGGCUCGCGCUGACGUCAUACCUUGCGAUUCAACGGGUUCCUCAGCCCCACUUAUUGCAGAUCCUGCGGCAGUAUACCGACGACUCGGAAGAGGCAGCCCGGCUCGCCAUGCUGGCAAAAGGCGGUCCCAAGUACACGGAAUGGGCUCUUGGAAGCCACUCUCUAUUGGAGACGCUGUACCAGGUUCCCUCGUGCAAGCCGAGCGUUGGGCACCUCUUCGAGUGCCUCCCCCACCUGCAGCCGCGCAUGUACUCGCUUUCCUCCUCGCCGCUGUAUCUUCCGGGGGAAGCGCAUCUCACGGUCGCAGAGGUGAUUUACCAAUCCCACGAGCACGCGUGGCGGCGCGGCGUGUGCUCCACGUUCCUGGGAACGGAACGCAUGAUUCCGUCCUCUGCGGCGGACGACCGCCAGAAACUUCUCGGGUUUGUGAUGCCCAACCCGGGGUUCCUUCUCCCAGAGGACGUCCGUACACCAAUCAUCAUGAUUGGCAUGGGCUCGGGAAUUGCUCCCUUCCGGGCCUUCUGGCAGGAACGGUUGGUUCGCGCCGAGGAAUCAAAAAGUGGUGGGCAACUUGGGGAUGCGCUGAUGUACGUCGGUUUCCAGAGCAGCGUCAACUCGUGCUAUUUGGACGAGCUGCAAGACGCAAAGGCGGGUGGCGCGCUUUCUAAGCUGCGAGUGGUGUUGAGCCGUGAGGGAGAGCGCAAGUACGUCACGCACGCACUCGCAGAGGAUCAGUGGUCGCUGUGGCACAAUCACCUGAGCAAAGGGGCGGUGGUCUACAUCUGCGGGACAAUCGACGCCGCAAAUGACGUCAGAUCCACCAUGCUGGAUGUCUUGAAGGAGGCCGGAGGCAUGGCUGAAGACGAGGCUGCAGCUUGGUUGGAAAGCGCUCGCGACAGUGGGCGGUACAAGGAGGAGGUCUUCGGCGAGAGUACCCAGUCCUACUCAAAGACACGGAUGGAGGCACGACUCCGGAAAGCAAGGGCAAAGCUCCGCACUGCUUUCGCCCUCCUUGGUGCGAAGGGGAUUCAGCGCAUCUUGGAAACCGCUCCACCAGACCUUUAG